UCUUUGUUGACUGGAAACGACCCGGAUGUUGAUAUGGCAACCUCCCCGCCAAGGCUACAACUCAAAUUAGCGUUCACGUUUAGGAAAAAUAAAUAAAGAAAUAGAUAGAUUGAUGCCCCGUAAUGUAAAUCUAACUGGCGUACAAAAAAUUGUGCAAUUUCCAUGCUAAAAGAGUGAGUUUAAACGGUAAACAUGUCUCAAGAGGGAUAUCAGUCACCAGCAGUGAAAACUACCCCCGACACAAGCUUCAACGAGCUGGAUUUGCCGAGGAGCAGUCCUGGGAAGACCCCCAUCCAAAUCCUACAUGAAUACGGCAUCAAAAGUGGCAGCCUCCCGGUGUACGUGAUGGAGAGGGCCGAGGGGGAGGCUCACCAGCCCAGCUUCGUCUUCAGCGUGACCAUUGGAGACGUUAGCUGCACAGGUCAAGGACCGAGUAAAAAAGCUGCCAAACAUCAGGCUGCGGAGGCUGUGCUGAGCUGUCUGAACAUAGAAGCUAGAACUGGGAAUGUAGCUGGGAGAUCUGACACUAAUGGCGAUGGAGCAGAAACAAACAACCAUCCCAACGCCGUGGGCUUACUGCAGGAGGUGGCGUUGCAGCGAGGAUGGCGGCGUCCUGAAUACACAGUUUUACAGGAGGCCGGCCCGCCGCAUUUGAGAGAGUUCUCGGUCAUGUGUAGAAUGGAGUCGCUGUCAGAAAAAGCUGUUGGAAAUUCCAAAAAAGCAGCAAAAAAGGCAGCGGCGGAGAAAAUUGUGGCCAGGCUGCAGAGUUUGUCAGGCUCUUCUGAAAUCACGUGGACUCCAAAGUCAAACAUCCGACUUGAGAGCAUCAAGACCUCCACAGCAGAGAAGAUAUCUUUGCUGAGGAGAAACCCCCUGAGCAUUCCCAACACAGAUUACAUCCAGCUACUGUUGGAGCUCUCCAACGAGCAGGGCUUUGAGGUGGUUUACUUUGAUAUCGAUGAGCUGACGGUCAACGGUCAGUACCAGUGCCUGGCAGAGCUGUCCACCUCUCCGGUGACCGUGUGCCACGGCACCGGCAUCUCCUGCAGCAACGCGCACAACGACGCCGCGCACAGCGCGCUCCAGUACAUCAAGAUCAUGGCUUCCCGCAAAUAAGCCCCACCCCCAGCAGCGGCGUGCUCUGGCACACGCGGUCCAUCAGCCCCUGAGCCGCCACCACCAGCUCUCUGUGCAAUAAUGAGCUCCAGAGAUAUUUUUGUAAUCAUGAGGGUCCCAGAGCAGCUUCAACCAUUUAGAAUUUCUGAGAAAAACGUGUGGGACUGCAGUAUUUUAAGGACAUUUUGUAAAAGCAGAUUAAGAUGUAGAUAUGUUUGACUUUAGGUGUGUGACACAAUAGUGACUAUUACAAAGCAUUUAUUUAUCUUUUUUUUGGUGUUUUGUAAACCUUUUUUUUAAUAUCCUUACAGUUAGCUUUUCUCGUCAGUGCUUUAAAUCUGUUGGGAUUGAAGAGAUUUUAGUGUACAUGACUUUGUCUGUAAAGACAGCAUGCCAUCAAAAACGCAUUUAUUUAUUUCCCUGCCUGCUCGUCCAUCUGUCUAAACACACUCUGAACAGCUCCUGCUUAUUAACCGUCUAUUCCCGACUGGUCUGUUGCCCUUUGCUUGUGGUUUGUGAGGGAGCAACACGUGUGAUAAAUUUAUCAAAUUUACAGACUUGUUUUCAUCGUUAGGACUGAACCCUGGUGGGGGAAGAUGGCAGGCACCUGUUUAUGAAUCCAGAGAAUAAACUGGGUAACAGCGCUAAUGACUGCUGGUGUCUGUUAAUGCUCAAACAAAAGGCUGUAAUGAGGGAGCAGAUUGCCAUGUGUCCCCCCAGAGCUGUCGCAAUGACACCGAGUCAAAGAUUUCUGGAGGGAGCUCAUCACUUGCCAGUCAUCAUAUUAGCUGCACUUCCUGCCGUAUUGGCCCAGUGACUGAUCCAGUGACUGAUCCAGUGACUGACCCGGGGACCAGCUGCACCAGUCUGGAUCUGUUGAAUAAUUGAGAUGCAGUGAAGCACCAACAGCAUGCAGAAAAGGUCUGUAAUCCA